CAGUGGGAAAGGGAGGGUUUUAUGGUCAAAGGGGCUUAUCCCAGCACCAGUCCAAUGGUAUAAAGCAGGAGCUCUUGCAGAGGCUUGCCGUGGACAUGCUGCUCCAGCAUUGAGCCUCCAUACCCCAUCUCUUUUCUCUCUUCUUCUUCUCCUUUUUUCUACAUCACCAUCAACUCUUGCAGUCAACCAUGGGAGUUGCCUACAGCGUUGGAGAGGUUGACCACCUCUACACCUUCUUUGUGCAAUGGUCGCCAGAUAUGUACACCAACAGCAACAAAAAGAAGAGCCAAAGCCACUUUAUUCGGGAAAAACAUCAAAAUCGCUAUCAUGGCAAGAAAACCAAAAAUAAGCAGCUAAACAACCACGCGGCAAAAAACUGGGAGAUUAUCAAUGUCAAAGACCCUAAGCGACGUUUGAGUGUGUGCAGCUCUGACUCUGAAACAGAGGAACCCGAGUACCAGGGGGAAGUAGCGGUUGUUCUACCUGUCCUGAGUGACUACAGUGACCUCCUGGAUCGUAGACAUCUACUCAGUCUCGCAUCUCACAUGCCAGCAAGGACACAAGGCUACCCGUGGCAAUUGGUCUACAGCACCGCCGUCCAUGGGAGCAGCCUGAAGACGCUUUACAGAAAUAUGGCCGGUUUUGACAGUCCGGUGCUGCUCGUCGUCAAAGACAUGCAGAAAAAGGUGUUUGGAGCUUUUUCAUCAGAUCCAUUUCGAGUCAGUAAAUACUGCUAUGGCACAGGAGAAACUUUCCUUUUCAGCUUCAAUCCCGACUUCCAGGCUUAUAAGUGGACUGGAGAGAACUCCUACUUUGUGAGCGGGAACUUUGAGUCUCUUCAGAUCGGAGGUGGCGGGGGGGAAUUCGGCCUCUGGAUCGAUGCCGAUCUGUACCGUGGAUCCAGUUUUUCAUGUCCCACCUUCCACAACGCUCCACUCUCCACACAAAAGGACUUCAUCAUACAAGACCUUGAGGUCUGGACAGUACAAAACUGAACACGGACAUCUGGAAAGAAAUAGAAAAUAGAAUUAGAGAAAUGGGAACGGGUGCGUCCACCAACGCCACCGCCGCCGCCGUGUGUCGCCUGCAGUAGCUAAACGUGUAGGUGGCGCCUGAUGACGCCUGUUAUGAAGGCGUUACCGAUGAGGCGCUGCAUAAAGUCCUGUGAUACGGGGCGUUGUUGCCUUCAACUACUGCCUACCAUCUGCAGCCAACGCUAAGCUGUAAGCCUUCCAUUCCCUCCUUUUGUUCAGGAGAGCGUCACAAUUCAGAGUUUGUAAUAAACUUCCUGGAUGAGAUAUUUUGUGAAAAAAGCACUUUUAGGAUUAAAGCCAAAUUCUGAAUUUCUUUGAAUGUUACCGGGCACAUGUGCUUGGAACUUGUUAGAUGAUGUUUACGUAUGAGCCCCAUGAUACUGUGACUAGGUUCUCAUGAGUAUUAGUACCAAUCAGGUUCUGGUAAAACCUAAAAAGGUCAUGCUAAGAAAUACAUGUACAAGUACUUGCACUGUUGACAGUAAGGCAUCCUAUUUUUUUUUUAUCUACGGUUUCAUACUUUCACAAUGCUGUACCUUUGUCCUGUUUUAAAAAAAAACAACAUUUCACAUUUUA